AUGGGGUGUCCCGGGGGCUGGCCGGGGGCUGCCCUUGCCUGCCUGCUGCUGCUGCUUGGCAUCCCAGCGCUCUGCUUGGCAGGGCUGGGGGAGCUGGGCCCCACCAUCGAUGGGCAGCCGCUGGCAGUGUGCACUCUGCGGGAGGAGGAGAGCUGUGCCUUCACCUGCCAGGCCCCCCCACCAGCCCCCGGCACCACGCUGGUGUGGUACCUCGACGGCCGGAAGCAGGAGGCAAACUGCUCAGCUGUGGGCACUGCCAGCACCUUCACUCUCACUGCUCAGCGCACCAACCGUGAGCUCAACUGCUCCCUGACGGACCCAGCCACCGGUGAGACCUACAACGCCUCCGUCCUCCUCGACGUGCAGUAUAAGCCGGAGAUUCUGCGGGCAGAUGCCCGCUACCAGGAGGUCGAGGGUGCUGGGCUCCUCCUGGUGCUCUUUGUACUGGUGCAAGCCAACCCACCCGCCAGCAUCACCUGGGUGGACCAGGAUGGGCGUGUGAUGGCCAACACCUCCGAGUUCCUCCUCCUGGGCACUACGCACUACCCGGGGCUGACCAACCACUCGCUCCAUGUCCACCUCGGCAGCAUGGCCGGCAAUAUCUCCAUCAGCGCUGCCAACAGUGUGGGCGUCACCACUACCUCCCUCCUGCCCCCAGGUCUGCUGGAUGCCCGUGUGGAGCUGCCCCUCCUGGGCAUCACUGUUGGAGCAGCCCUGGCCCUGGGCGCCCUCCUCAGCCUGGGCUCCUGUGCCGCCUGCCUGGCAUGCCACCGGGCCAAGCCGGUGCCAGAUAAGGGGCAAGCAGGAGGGAGCAGCCCGCUCAGACGCUGCUCCCGUUGCAGUAGCUCCAUGCACCCACAGCCCCAGGGUGCGCAUCUGCCCCGCCAGACCCGGUCCCUGCCACCCAACCUGCGCCUUGGUGACCUCAUGCAGGAGGCCGGAGCUUCCCCCAAGGAUGUGGGAGCCGGUGCCAGGGGAGAGGAGAGCACCCUGCUGGGGUUGGAGAACUCCCUGCCGGGGCCAGAGAACUCCCUGGUCCUCAGCAAGCUUGGUUUUAUCCAGCUCCCAAUGUCUGGGCGCAUCUACAAAGUGCCCAGCAUGAGCAGCGAUGAGAUCUGGCUGUAA